AUGCCUCUUUGGAAAAUCUACCACGGCCCCAGCACUCUUACGAGGGAAGCGAAGACCACUAUCGCUAAGGGAGCCACUGCAUUUUAUGCUCAACGUGGCUUCCCUUCGUGGUAUGUGAAUGUACUUUUCUUUGAGUUGAGCCCUGACAACUUCUAUAAUGGGGGCUUGCCGAAAUCUCAGACUGUAGGCGUUGAAAUCAUCCACAUUGCGAGACAUUGGGAUCCAACAAACAAACAAGCCGCUGUAGCUGUUAAGAAUGGUGUCGAUGCUAUCCUAGGCCCUUUCACGACUGAUAAGGGCCUGCAUCUCGAAUUUGCUGUUCUGGAAGGUCCAGCGGAGUUGUGGCGAAUCAAUGGAAUUGAUCCACCGGAGGCCUUUGGGCCGGAUGAGCAGAAGCAAGCCGAAGAAAAUCGUAAGAUUCUGUUCGACCAAUAUGGUACUUGA